AUGGCGAGUCAUUAUGUUACAUUAAAUACAGGAGCAGAAAUACCCAUCUUGGAUUUAGGGACAUGGCAAAUUCCGGGAGAAAAAGUAAAUCAAUCGAUUAAGACUGCUUUAAAGAAUAAUUAUAAACAUAUCGAUUGUGCUUAUGUCUAUCAAAAUGAAAAAGAAAUUGGGCAAGCAUUUGCAGAUACCGUUGACCAUAUUAUCCAGCGUAAAGACCUAUUUCCUGAUCGUGUCGAAGAAGGAAUGCAGAUGGCGUUGAAAAAUCUUCAUCUUGAUACUAUUUUUCAAGGUCACGAUAAUAUUUUGCCGCUCGAUGAUGACGGAGUUCCUAUUACUGGUAACGAAGAUUAUAAAACAACUUGGAAAGCGAUGGAACGAUUAGUCGAUGAUGGCCUAGUUAAAGCCAUUAGUUUAUCGAAUUUCAAUACAAAGCAAGUCGAUAAUAUCAUGGAAAAUUGCAGUAUUAAACCAGCAGUUAAUCAAUUUGAAACGCAUCCUUACAUGACUUGUAAUCGAUGGAUCCAACAAUGCCAGCGUAGUGAUAUUGCAGUAACUGCAUAUUGUCCGCUUGGAUCACGUAAUCGGCCUGAUGCAACUGUUUCCGAUAAUCCAAUCUUAUUAAAUGAUCCAGUUGUUCAAUCGAUUGGCAAGAAGUACAACAAACCUCCAGCUCAAGUGUGUCUUCGUUUUAACAUUCAGCGGAGUAUUGUAGUUAUACCUAAAAGUACAACACCAUUGCGAAUUACUGAAAACAGUCAGAUUAGUUCAUAUCUACGGCCGGUUAAGGUCGAGAAUAUGCAGAUUUUUUUAGAUGGUUAG